AUGAACAAAGGCAAGGGUCGAGCGACUCCAUGGGUUCCCGUGGGGGACAACCGUCGCAAUCAUGGCAAUAAUGGCCACCCUCAAAAUCGACAGACUCAAGGACCAAAGGAAGGAUGGGUGGUAGCGAAGAAAAUGCCAACUGCCAAAGCUCAGGUGAACGACAAGCGACUGGAGGCUUCACUUACAAACAAAGAAUCCUAUCUUGGCGAGCCACCAACAGACCGAGAGGUGAUACGAGCCCGAUAUGUGCUCGCUUCCUCAUGGGAAGUAUACCCUUCGGCGAUUGAGGAUCCCGACAUACUGGAUGGCAUUCGCAAACAACAUCGCGUGUGGAUCACCAGGGUUAGAGAUACCCAAGCCUGGGAUAUUUAUAGUGAGUCGGCAUCUGGUUUGCAAGAAGCUGUUCAUGCAUUCAACCAAACUGUGCACGACCUGCGCCUGCAAAAAGAGCUUCUCGCCACAGUGCUUGUCGUCCAGCAAAGUUCCAGAUGUACCGAAGACGCCCGCAUAUCAGUGGCGCCCAAUUCAAGGCCCAAAGUAAUCACGCCGCUGUCUGGAUCAUCGGAUAUAAAAAGAACUGCGGCGAAACUGCUCCAACGCCUUCGCCCGCAUCUCCUCAAUUCCACAGAGUGCGCAAUGAGUGUGGACUCUGAGCUCAGGAUGCGUGUGAGUUUCGGGGAAUUAAAGGUGUUUGUGAAGCACAAAGGCAUGAAUAGUGUGCUCAGUUAUGAUGGAUUCAUGGAAGCGGCAAAGUCCUUCUCAAUUCGAGGAGGCAUCGGACUGGUUGACAGGUUGAACGAGCUCAAGCUCCCAAAUCACAUUAUAAAGCAUUUCUUAGCCUUGGAAGGGGAUGGCGGCCUUCAAUUGGAUCACAAUACCAUAAAGCGAACAUAUGCCUUGGCCUUGGGGUUGCAACGGAAAGUGGUAUAUUUAGAAAGCUGCGAGAAUGGUAGCUUUGAUACCUCCCGAGCAAAGAUGGGCAUUGCCUGCCCAACCAAGUGGCUCAACUGGGUGGUGGCCACCCCGGAUAUGGGGCUUGAUUGGGGCAUCAGAGCAGAUGCAUACAAUUUUGAGAGUGUACCAGCUGGCAUCGACAAACUUAUCAAGGAGCUGCGUCUUAUACCAGCUACAUACGAAGAAACGGGCGACUUUCUCAAACCAGGCGAGGUGGCAGUCGGCCAAGCCGGGGAGUGGAAAGACAAGAUAUUGGAAACUCGCCUGAAGACGACAUUCGCCAUCGAACUUCAUGGCACUCCCUAUAUCCUAGAGAUCAGCAUAACCCAGAUUUGGAAAGGGCUCAAGACGAGACUGAAGGCGAAAAUGGAGUGGGGCAUUCAGCUUUAUGGCAAGCACUGGGAUUCGGCCAUGAACCAGGUGAAUCCGCAUACUCGGAGGAAGGACUGGGGAGAGGGACACAAGAAUGUUUGGGUUGGCACUGAUCCAGACCUAGGGAGGAGGUUCCAAAACUUCCUUGAAGUCGUUUUGCAGCUCCAGCAGCAUGUGGAGGAUGUACCGCCCUUGACCUUGGAGGAAUUCGAAGAUCUCCCCAGCGUCAUCAACCAAUAG